GGAGGGUGAACCUCCGCGUGUCGUCACGGCGGGGAAGCGGAGGGGCGGUGCUGUAGUCGCGGCAUGUUGCAAUCCGGAGUGAGUCCAGCGUCAGCCGCGCCGGGCGGGGAGGGCAGGCGAGCGGCGCGGGGGCGGGGCAGUGCCGAUUAGCUCCGGUUUACAUCAUCCGCCGGGAUCUGGGACUCGGAGCCAGGGGGCCGGGCGGUGUGAGCCAGCCCCGCGAACAAAGCGGCCGCCGCAGCCCAUCGAUCGCCCCCAGCCCGGGACAAUGGCGAGUCGGGGCGUCUGAGGCUCCGGGAGCAGGAUCCUCCGGGAUCGGCCCGCGGGGAUCGCCAGCCCCGCGCCUCCCCCCCGCCGGCCGCCCCCGAAGAUGAGUCUAAACGUACAGGUGAUCCCUGUAGUGUCUCCACUGAAGAAGAAACGGCUGGACUUUGAGGAUACCGCUGACUCUGAGCCCUCAAAACCCAAGCGCCCACGGUUGGCUCCAGUGUCAGGACUCACCCCAUGCCUGCAGCCCCUUGUGCAGUCUCCUCGUGCCGUGGAACAGGACUCAAGGGUCUUGCAGAUUGGACCAUACAUCCUUCUGGAGCCCAGGGAAGGGGGCCACUCCUACAGGGCUGUGCACAGGCACACGGAGACGGAGUACAGCUGCAAGGUUUAUCCAGCAAGGAGUUACCCAGAGACGAUGGCCCCUUACGGGAACCUCUCGCCCCACCCCAACGUGGCCCAGGUUGCCGAGGUGAUCCAAGGGGACCAGAACGUCUACGUCUUCUUCCAGUCCGGCAGAGGUGACAUGCACAGCCACGUCCGCCGAUGCAAGCGCCUGCCUGAGAGAGAGGCCGCUGGGCUCUUCCGGCAGAUGGCCGAGGCAGUCACCCACUGCCACGACCACGGGAUCAUCCUCCGAGACCUCAAACUCCGCAAGUUCCUCUUCGUGGACAGGGAGAGGACGAAGCUGGUGCUGGAGAACCUGGAGGACGCCUGUCUUCUGAGCAGCUCAGAUGACUCUCUGUCGGACAAGCACGGCUGCCCAGCAUACGUGAGCCCGGAGAUCCUCAGCUCCAAGAACUCGUACUCAGGGAAGGCGGCUGACGUGUGGAGCCUGGGUGUGGUGCUCUACACCAUGCUGGUGGGGCGAUACCCCUUCCAGGACACUGAGCCUGCCACGCUCUUCAGCAAGAUUCGCCGGGGGGUCUUCUCCAUCCCGGACAGCCUCUCCCCCAAGGCCAGGUGCCUCAUCCGAUGCCUCCUGCGCAAGACCCCCUCUGAGAGACUGACAGCCCGGGAGAUUUUGCUCCACCCCUGGCUAGCGAGUGGUGAUGCUGCCUCCGAGGUCUCCUGCACAAACCCCUCUGGGGAGCAGGGGAUGGAGCAAGUUGUGCCAGACACCUGGAGCCAGAAGGAGGAGGAGGAGGAGGAGGAAGAAGAGCUGCAGAGUUAAGCAUUCAGAGGAUCCCCAAGGAUGCUUUAUCAAAGGAGCCCUCCAGGGAACCUUAGACUGUCGGCUGCUCCAGGCGAGCUAGGGCUGGUGACUGUUUGUCUAAGGGGGGGCUGCUGCUCAGAUCGGGAUAACACUGUGGCUGUGUCGGCCCCAGCAGGGCCCAGAGCCAGGACUUGCAAACCCAAGUGCCUUAGAGGGGGAGCUGUGGUUGUCCAAGCACGUGUCUGAAUCCUGCAGAGCGGGAAAGUGCCUUAGCCUCAUACACGGCGAUUCAGGGUGGACGUGACUAAAUAGGAGGGAAUCCCCAGUGAGCCCUGGUCUAGGGGGCUCCCGCUUAGUCGUGCCAAAGAACUUGUUCAAACUCUGAUCACCAGCAGCACCCUCCCAGCGGGAUGGUGCGUUUCCCAUUCCCAGACAUGGGGCUCCGGAGGCAGGGAGUGGUCAGGGAACCGAGGCAGGCCCUGGCAUCUCCGGGUUGUGCACCAGUCCCUGUGGCCAUGUAGAAGCAGGAUGGGUGCAGAGGGGGCUGAGCUCUGAUACCAGCUUCCUGAAGUGGGGGGGCCCUUUCCCAGAGGGCACAGGAUAGCGGGCAUGGGAGGGUGUUUGAGGAGCUCCUUGUCUUGUCACCUGGGAACUGAGCUUUGCUGCAGCCAGGGCAGUGGCUCCGUGGGGCUUGGAGGGUAGAGACGUUAAUGGGCAGAGCAGAGAAGGGAGAGGGGGAGGCAGCUGGGUGGAAGUGUGAACAAGGCGGGGGGUGGGGUGUUCCAAGGUCAUGUCAGAGCAGAGCCCAAGAGCUGGAUGCAGCCUAUAGAGCCCUGUGAGGUGCCCACGGCCACCUCCCCUUCCUUUGUAGCUGUAGCCCUACAGACUCCAAGUCCCAGCAUGCAGUGCUCACCCUGAAGCAGAGGGGAAGGGGACACACCAUGCUGGGGUGAGGCACAAGUCUAUGCUAGUAAGGACGGUGACUAUGGCCUGCCCCAUUUGCCAGGCAUGGCCCUUGGGCUCCUGGCAAUAAGCAAAUAAAGCCCCUGCCCGAGUUGUUCCCGGUGGGGGGGCAGAGAGUGAGCCCUGGCUGGGGUGGGGGCACUAUGAAGUCUCUGCACGAUCGUGCCAUGUAGGGCCCCCGCCCCCAUCUUGUGCUGUGACUGCAGCAGGCUGCCUUGGCUCUCUAACCUCCCCACUGGGGACCCUGCCCUCUGCUCCACCCCAGGAACCCUGUGCCAUCCCCUCAGGCCAGGGGGCGUGGGGCCGGCAGCAGCCCAGAAGAACUUUGACCAUAUGUAUCUCAGGGAGUUGUGAGGCAGCUGGUUUCUGGGGAGCGGCCGGCGUGCGCAGAAUGGACCUGCCUGCUCCAUCCCACUUAGCUCAGGUGGGCACCCGCUGCUCUCCCAGCACAGGCCCGGGGCCUCGCCUCUCCCGGAGCUGUGCCUUCGUAGCGUGCGUUUGUACCCCCACCAUGUGUUGACACUACAGGGCCCAGGCCAGGACUCAUUUAUACACGGCACCAUGUGUCUAUUCUUCUGUCCUUUGACAAAUAAAAGGUUUGUAAUGCUG